GGCAUGUUUGCCGACGUAACGUGAACGCAGCGAUACUUCCGUGCAGUGCAAGAGAGUCCGCCAUAUUCCAUUCUUCAAGGGUAUCCGAAGGCUCGUCAACAUGUUCCGGUUCGCCAAAGCGGCUGUCAACAUCAGCGGUCAAGCUGUGCGACAGGUGAGGCAUGGAUCUACUGUCCCAGAGAGCUUUCAUUCCAAGUAUGGCAAUGGCCUGAUGGUGGGAGGCGCUGUCUUCUGCACGGCAAUCUGGUCAUACGUGCUGACACAGACCGGCAUCACCUGGAACCUGUCACCUGUCGGCAGGAUCAUGCCGAAACCAUGGCGAGAGCCUGAAUCCGAGUCCGAGGAGUAAAGAGCCACUGUGGCAGACCUACAUCCCACCCGAGAAUCCUUCUGCUUGUACAGACGAUCCAUGGAUAUCCACGUCACGUUCAGACGAUGAAUGCCUGUGUGUAUUUCAACAUGUUAACUUGUUCAAAUAAAUUAAAUAUGAUUCUACUGAU